UCAUUUGAAAGUAUAUGAAGACAAAAUUCACAAAUCUGAAGGAGCUGUGACAAUUUCUUCGAUCUUUAUAUGUUAUCUUAUAUUGAUUCUAAAAACAACCAAGACACAGCAAAUUCAGCAAAGGUGGGUCUCUUCUUCAUGUUGGCUUGGUGCUCGUCCUCCAUGCCCCUCUCCUCCUCCAACUCCUGAGACCUACCUUGGAGUGCAUCACGUGGUCUUAGUCCGUACAAAUAACUCGCAGUAGAGUUUUCCAGUAGAGAACGAAUCGGAGCUCUGUUAUAUCAGCAAUUAUCAGCGACAGUAACUAUCUUCAGAUACUAAGAAUAGGAGAGAGAGACUUGGACCAUCCGGGAAGUAAGGAAUUGCUUUUUCUCGUAAACUGUUAUUCCCAAAGACAUUUUGGACAUCUUUGUGGGAGCCACAGUCACUUUCGUUGGGUCUAUCUGAGUGAAGUUUGCCCACAGAGCUGCUCAAGCUGCUCCUCUGAAAAACAGACUAUCACCCGACCGUCCUUAUCUGGAGUGGAUUUGUUAAUUAUCCGGCGACUGGAUAACGAAAAACCGCCGACGACUCGCCGAAGUGUCUUUACGUGACCCGCUUUGUCCCUGGAGUCAGUACCCAUAUUCUCCCAAAUAGGACGAGUAUACGGCGUCAGAAUGUACCAAAGCCUUGCUUUGUCAUCCAACCAGUCCCCAUAUGCACACGAUGCAGGGAACUAUAUGCACCCUUCGGCGAGUUCCCCCGUGUACGUGCCCACUACGAGGGUGCCUGCUAUGCUGCAAACCCUGCCGUACUUGCAGACAUGCGAGUCCACCCAUCAGUCCCAUGGCCUCGGCGGGCAUCAUGGCUGGCCUCAGACUGGCACAGACAGUUCGUCCUUCAACCCGGGCAGCCCCCAUCCGCACCCCGGGUUCUCCUACUCUCACAGCCCGCCAGUAAGCAGCAAUACAGGCAGGGACACAACCUACCAAAACCCGCUUGUGCUCAGUAACGGUGGUCGGGCCGACCAGUAUGGCAGCGCUUUGGUACGGUCUGUUGGAGGAUCAUACUCGAGUCCCUACGCCUACAUGAGCCCUGAGAUGGCAACCUCUUGGACACCAGGCCACUUUGAGAGCGGCAUGAUCAGUCUUCAGGGACGGCAAGGUUGCCUGUCUGGUAGAAGGUCCAGUUUGGACAUGUUGGAGGAGUUCCCGGGAGAGGGUCGUGAGUGUGUAAACUGCGGCUCCAUCUCCACUCCUUUGUGGCGACGAGACGGUACCGGGCACUACCUGUGCAAUGCCUGUGGCCUGUACCACAAGAUGAACGGAAUCAACAGGCCACUCAUCAAACCACAGAAACGUCUGCAGACCACAUCUCGCCGGGCCGGCCUGUGCUGCACUAACUGCCUCACCAGCACGACUACGCUGUGGCGUCGCAACGCAGAGGGAGAGCCUGUCUGCAACGCCUGUGGCCUGUACAUGAAACUACAUGGAGUCCCCAGACCACUGGCCAUGAAGAAGGAAAGCAUUCAGACCAGGAAACGGAAACCUAAGAUGCCCAAGUCCAAACCCUCAUCAGGAGGGUUGUCAGCCUCAGGCACCAACUCACCGUCCUCCUUGUCUGUCUCGGAACAUGCAUCUACGAUAAAGAGUGAACCCAACAUGGCCCCCUCACCCUACGCUGGACAGACCGUAGCCUCUGUGUCUCAGGCUUCAUCACAUCUGGACAGUUCAGGACAUGUCAACAUCAAAUACGAGAACUACCCCUUUACGCCCACGUCCGUCGCCCCACAGAACUCCUGGUGUGCUCUGUCUCAGGCAUGAGCUUGACCGCAGCUCACCGUGUCCUGAUUCUGGAACCAGCUCAGCUCGCCGUGUCCUGAUUCUGGAAGCAGCUCAGCUCACCGUGUCCUGAUUCUGGAACCAGCUCAGCUCACCGUGUCCUGAUUCUGGAACCAGCUCAGCUCACCGUGUCCUGAUUCUGGAACCAGCUCAGCUCGCCGUGUCCUGAUUCUGGAACCAGCUCAGCUCACCGUGUCCUGAACCAGCUCAGCUCACCAUGUCCUGAUUCUGGAACCAGCUCAGCUCACCGUGUCCUGAACCAGCUCAGCUCACUAUGUCCUAAUUCUGGAACCAGCUCAGCUCACCCUGUCCUGAUUCUGGAACCAGCUCAGCUCACUGUGGAUAAUAUAGACUUGUGACACGAACUACCUAUUAUAGACUUACUCUCUUUCCCAUGUGGCUGGAGGGAAGAAAAACCAGAAGGAAGCGACGGCAAUCAAGUGGAAUGUAUAGAAAUAACUUUUUUUAACUGGCGACUAUCAACACUAUUUCUAGUUGUAGUUUUUGUUGUGGUUGUCUUUGUCGUUGGUGUCAUUAUUGAUAUUUUUCUAAUACCACCACCACCAUCACAGUUUCACGUGGUAUUUCAGUCAAUAACCAGAAACAGUUCAACAAGUUAUCACGGAGUGUUAUUCACACAUCCAGAAGGACAAAACACGCAAGUGUUUUAUUACCUCUGAACAUGUUUCAUUACUAGCGUGUCGAUGAUUAACUUCUAUAUACAUUAUUUAUGUUAAAGAUAAGAAGAGUCAUGAAACUCCAAAGCCAACAUGUCAUAUCCCAGAAGUCCAUUCCCUUCUAAGAAUGCCUUGUGUGUUCAAGGUAUGAAAUCUAAAAUAGAAAGUAUACAUUUACAUUGACACAGAUACUGUAUAUACUGUAUAUGUUAUCAGAUAUGUUGAAAGUGCAUAAAUACUUUUUUAUUUUAGAUGUCAUAAUUGCAUACUUGAAUUCGUUUUCAUUUUUUUCCAAGACCCCUGUUCUAUUAGUUCAGCUUUUGACAAUGUAUUGUCUGAUCAUUUAAAGUGCAAUGACUUAAUUUAAAAUAAAAUAAAUGAAGACAAAGAAAAAAAACUUUUAUUUUAAUUCUUUUGAAAUACGUUAAUCUAAUUUUAUUUGCUGUGUUUUUGUUGAAAUAUAAGGGAAUUUUAUUGUUACUUUAUAACCUAAAAUUGUUUAGAAACUUGAGUCUACUUUAGUUGUAUAACCAAGUCUGAUAGUCUCGUUGGUUUUGCAAUGCUCUUUGAAAUCUGUUUAGUUUAAAUAAACCAAUAAAUUAAUUGUC